GCCGUGGUCUGGGAGCAGGGGGCGCCCCUCCCUCGGCCGCGCGGGGUCCGGGCGGGGCGGCAGGGGCGGCGCCGGCAGCCGUGACGUGCACAGGGGACGUGCGGCGCGAGCAGCUGGGGCGCCCGGUCGCCCCCAGUGCGGACCCAGCGGCCGGGAAGUCGGGCAGGAGCCGCCAACGGGUGGCGGCAGGGACUCAGAGCCAGGAGCCAGCCCCCCUGCCAUGGGCGGGGCCGUGGUGGACGAGGGCCCCCCCGGGGUCCCGGCCCCCGACGGGGGCUGGGGCUGGGCCGUGCUGGCGGGCUGCUUCGUCAUCACGGGCUUCUCCUACGCCUUCCCCAAGGCGGUCAGCGUCUUCUUCAAGGAGCUGAUGCACGAGUUCGGCAUCGGCUACAGCGACACGGCCUGGAUCUCGUCCAUCCUGCUCGCCAUGCUGUACGGGACAGGCCCGCUCUGCAGCGUGUGUGUGAACCGCUUCGGCUGCCGGCCCGUCAUGCUGGUGGGGGGUCUGCUGGCGUCCCUGGGCAUGGUGGCCGCGUCCUUCUGCCGGAGCAUCGUCCAGCUAUACUUCACCACUGGGGUUCUCACCGGCCUGGGCCUGGCGCUCAACUUCCAGCCAUCCCUCAUCAUGCUCAACCGGUACUUCAACAAGCGGCGCCCCGUGGCCAACGGGCUGGCGGCGGCGGGCAGCCCCGUGUUCCUGUGUGCGCUGUCCCCGCUGGGCCAGCUGCUGCAGGACUACUACGGCUGGCGGGGCGGCUUCCUCAUCCUGGGCGGCCUGCUGCUCAACUGCUGCGUGUGCGCCGCGCUCAUGCGGCCCCUGGUGGCGGCCGGCGCGGCGCCCGCGCCCGGGCCCCAGCGGCCGGCCCGGCGGCUGCUGGACCUGAGCGUCUUCCGGGACCGCGGCUUCGUGGUCUACGCGGCCGCCGCCUCCACCAUGGUGCUGGGGCUCUUCGUGCCGCCCGUGUUCGUGGUGAGCUACGCCAAGGACAUGGGCGUGCCGGACGCCCGGGCCGCCUUCCUGCUGACGGUCCUGGGCUUCGUGGACAUCUUCGCCCGGCCCGCCGCCGGCUUCGUCACGGGGCUCCCCCGAGUGCGGCCCUACUCGGUCUACCUCUUCAGCUUCUCCAUGUUCUUCAACGGCUUCACCGACCUCACGGGCUCCACGGCCGGCAACUACGGCGGCCUGGUGGUCUUCUGCAUCUUCUUCGGCAUCUCCUACGGCAUGGUGGGCGCCCUGCAGUUCGAGGUGCUCAUGGCCAUCGUGGGCACCCACAAGUUCUCCAGUGCCAUUGGCCUCGUGCUGCUGCUGGAGGCCAUUGCCGUGCUCAUCGGGCCCCCGUCCGGAGGCAGGCUCCUGGACGCCACGGGAAGGUACCAGUUCGUGUUCCUCCUGGCGGGGGCGGAGGUGGUGGCCGCCUCCCUGGUGCUGCUGCUGGGCAACCUCUGCCUUGGGAAGCGGCCCACGGGGGCCGCCCAGGAGGAAGAGGCCCACAAGCCCCCGGUGGAUGCCAGGGACGGGGUGGACUCGAGGGAGGUGGAGCAGUUCCUGAAGGCGGAGCCCGAGAAAGCUGGGGAGACGGCCCACACCCCGGAGACGAGCGUCUGAGCCGGCGCGGCCGGGAUGCGGGGACACCGAGUUGAGGCCUCAGGGCUUGCGUUUAUUUCGCGGACAGGACCGGCUCGGGCGGGGCCCCGGCUCCCCGCAGCGGGUCAGCGCCAUCACUGUUUUCCGGGGAGGCGGUGGGUGGGGACGUGUCAUUCCAGAGCAGACCUGUGGUGAGGUCAAGCUCGAGUCACAGGCCGUCUGCACCAGGCGCCCAGCCUGCUGGGUGGCCAGGCGCCCACAGCUGGGCGCGAGGACUCAGAAACCCGGGCUUCAGAGACACUCUCCGGGCGGUGGCCCGGGCACAGCCCUGCGUCAGGCUCGCCCCCUGGGCCUGCCCCCCACACCCACCUCCACCCCGGUGCCCCCGCCCCAGUGUCUGGGGGCAAAGCUCCCCUCCUCCACCUCUGGAGGGUCUGGAAUAAACCUGCCUGUCAGG